CAGACUUGCAUGCUGUGAAGACUCUGAAAUGCAACCAUCCCAUCGCCUCUUCUCUCGUCUCUUUCAUUCUCCGGCGAAGGGUUACAGCAGAGCGACAAAUGUAGGCGGCUCACUUCACGUAUUGUUGCUAUUCGACGACACAAACAACGGAGCUGUAGAGACCCAUCGGAGUUUUAGCUCUCUUAUCCGUUCCACUUGGCAGUUAAGAGGGUUUCUAUCUACUCGAGGAGGUCUUGGCGGCGUGCGACUCGAUGGAGAUACACCCCUUAUUGAUUCCUACUCUUCUCACCGGAAUUUGUUCACUCGGGCUAAACAAGUCAAGAGAAUUGAGAUCAAUGAUCAACAUAGUCAAAGAGCUGUCACUACUGCACUAUGGUGCAACUUCCUUGUGUUUUCUCUCAAGUUUGGUGUUUGGUGGACAAGUUCUAGCCAUGUCAUAAUGGCUGAAGUGGUUCACUCCGUCGCUGAUUUUGCUAACCAGGCACUUCUUGCUUAUGGUCUCAGUAGCUCAAGGCGUGCACCAGAUGCUCUUCAUCCCUAUGGCUACUCAAAGGAAAGAUUUGUAUGGUCUUUGAUAUCUGCUGUUGGCAUCUUUUGCCUUGGGUCUGGUGCUACCAUUGUUAAUGGAGUACAGAACUUGUGGACUUCUCAGCCACCUCCAAAUAUGGAAUAUGCUGCUGUGGUAAUCGGUGGCUCUUUUUUAAUUGAAGGUGCAUCACUUCUAGUUGCAAUACAAUCUGUGAAAAAAGGAGCUGCACAAGAAGGCAUGACCAUAAGAGAUUAUAUAUGGCGUGGUCAUGAUCCUACUUCUGUUGCUGUUAUGACUGAGGACGGCGCUGCAGUGGCAGGUUUGGCAAUAGCUGCGGCUUCUCUGGUCGCUGUUAAGAUGACAGGAAAUGCUAUUUAUGAUCCUAUAGGAUCCAUUGUAGUUGGCAAUUUACUUGGAAUGGUGGCUAUUUUUCUCAUACAACGGAACCGACAUGCCUUGAUUGGAAGAGCAAUGGAUGAUCAAGACAUGCGUAAAAUUCUUCAUUUUUUAAAGAACGACUCGGUGGUAGAUGCUCUAUAUGAUUGCAAAAGUGAAGUGAUUGGUCCUGGAUCCUUCAGAUUUAAAGCUGAAAUAGAUUUCAAUGGGCAGGUUGUUGUCCAAAACUAUUUGAAGAGAAGUAAGCGUGAAGAGUGGGCAAAAAUGUUUCGCGAGGCUGCAAAGAAAGGAGAUGAUCCUGUAAUGCUCAACAUUAUGUCAAACUACGGUGAGGAAGUUGUGACGGCUUUAGGAAGUGAAGUAAUCCGUUUAGAGAAACAGAUCCGAGAGCUUGUCCCUGGAAUCCAGCACGUUGACAUCGAAGCACACAAUCCCAUGGACCAAUCUCUAUGAUCUGAAAAAAAAAAAGUUGCUGUUCUUCAAGGUCUGAGUAGUAGUUAUGGAUAAUUCUAUUUUGGCCUAAAUAAUGGAAACCAAAGGUAUGGCUGUAGUAAGAAGCCUGGCGCUCUUGGAAAAAUAGACAGAACCACAUUAAAAUCACAGGUAUGUGAGUGUUAUGUCUCCAUACUCGUGUAGGUUCGACUCUUUUUUGCUCUACGUUUACUCGAAAGACAAAGGAUUUAGGUUUUGUCAGUUACCAAAAAAAAAGGAUUUAGGUUUUGUUUUGUAAUAGGGCAGCAAUUGUAUCUCCAUUAG